ACAUUUUUCUCAUUUAACAAUGCAAUGGUAAUAAUUACAUUUUAGCAAUAAUUACAAAAUUUGUCGCUUUUCUCAAACCAGAAAUUGUCGCAACUCCAGCAAAUGGAGGUCGAUCUGAAUGACACAAACGGCAGCAUUAAAUGUAACUUGUGCCAAAGUGAGUUUACAAACGAAGCGCAGUUCUUCGAACAUCUGAAGAAGAAUCCGAACUGCGAAAAGUUGACUUGUGACGUGUGUCGAAAACAAUGUACUUGGAUUUCCAAUUUGAACAAACACAAGUUAAUACAUUCAAAUGAAAAGAAAUUUAAAUGCGAGGAAUGUGGUUAUGUCACCGGAGAUGGAUCAAAUUUCAAAAGACACAAAAAUAAACACUCGAAAAAAGAACUUUAUAAAUGUAGCUAUUGUAAUUAUUCGACUCUAUGGAAAGACAAUUUAGACAGUCAUAUUUUGCUAACACAUUCGAAAGAACCGAAUUUCACCGAAAAACUUCCGCCGAGAUUUCUGGAUUUGGAAAAAUAUCGAUGCGAGUUUUGCCCGAAAUAUUUUCCAUUUCCAUCCGCUUUAAAACGUCACGAGAGAAGUCACGCGGGAGAAAAACAGUUUCAAUAUGAUGAUUGUUUUCGAAGAUUUACAAGAGAAGAGAAAUUAUACAAACACAAGCGAAUAAUUCAUUCGACAGUAGAAAAACAAUCUUCAUCUCAGAAAACUGCAGGCGAAGGCACAUCAAAACCUUUUAAAAUCUCGGAACAGAGUGAGAUGCACUCUUCUUCUGAAAUCUCAGUAGCGAGUUCGAUGCGAGAGGAACAUCUUAAAACAAACGAGAAAGAUAAAAGUUUGGAAUUUUCUCAAAAAUUAUUUGAAUGUCAUCAAUGUCGCUUUACUACAAACUCCGAGAAACAAUGGUUGCUACAUAAACAGACACACGUCAAUGAAGCUCCUUGCACAUCAAAGAAACAGGACGAAACCGAUCCAGAAGUGGUCAGAGCAUCCGAAAUUCUCUUCGACACGAGAAAGAAAAGUUUGGAAGAGAUAAAUCAACAAAAGAAAUCACCUGAUUCCGAUACUCCGCCAGCUUCACAAUAACCUACGAAUGUUCAAUAUUGAAUCAUUUUCCAUCAAGGUUCUAAAAAUUUGAAAGAGAGAUUUUUAAACUUUUUUUUUCAUGCAAAAGUGAUGUAAAUUGCCUCUAAAUUCGACAUUUAAGACGAAUUGAACUUAUUGAUUUCUGUAAUAUUUUGGCAAAUUUUCGUGAACGAAAAUAAUUAAUUCAACAAAAUAUAAAUUUUAUUUUUAUUGGAAAUUUAUUGCACAUUAAAAUACUUUUAUUUCUUUAAGAAUAAUUUCGUCAUGUCAAUAGUGUUUUAAUUAUAACAAUUUGAAUAUUAUCGUAUUGAUCUUGCCUGAUAAGGUAUUCAUCCAUAUGUCAACAUAAAGUUAAUACAUGUAAAUUUUAUAAUAGUGCGUUCAAUUAAAAAUGUGGAAUGGGA